UAUUAUCUUAUGUUGAACUGAUAUGCGGUAAUUGCAGUGGAACCAUCUUUAAAUAAAAAUUUCAUCUGAACAUACUAAAAAUAGUCAUGAUAAUUACCAGACCUGUGAGAUUGUUCAACUCGUACAGAAGUUUUGUGACAAGAACUAUGUCUUCAAGUUCAGAGUUUCUGAUCAACGAUACAAAGUAUUCCUUCUUGAAAGAUCUAGGACUAGAGGAGAGAAAUCCUGGCGUGUUUGACGGUACCUGGAAAGGAUCUGGCAAGGUAGUGCAGUCCAUUUGUCCAAGCAACGGAAAAGUUAUUGCAGAGGUUCAACAAGGCACUCUUUAUGACUAUGAAUCUUGUGUGGAUGCAUCUACAGCUGCUUGGAAAGUUUGGGCAGACUUACCUGCUCCCUCCAGAGGUGAAAUAGUGCGACAAAUAGGGGAUGCUUUGAGAGCAAAACUUGUACCUUUAGGAAAACUUGUGUCUAUUGAAAUGGGAAAAAUACUGCCUGAAGGUAUUGGAGAAGUACAAGAAUACAUUGACAUCUGCGACUAUGCUGUAGGACUAUCUCGAUCUCUAUCAGGAUUAAUUCUACCAUCCGAACGUCCCGGACAUGUUCUUAUGGAAAAAUGGAAUCCUCUAGGUCUUGUUGGAGUCAUAACAGCAUUCAAUUUCCCAAUCGCCGUGUAUGGCUGGAACAGUGCAAUUGCUAUGGUUUGCGGCGAUUCACUUCUAUGGAAAAGUGCGGAAACAACUUCCUUGGUGUCAGUGGCAACAACAAAAAUAAUUGCUGAUGUCCUAGCAAAAAAUAACCUCCCUACUGCCGUAUCAACACUUUGCUGUGGAGGUGCAGUCGUUGGUAAAGCAAUGGCCGCCGACAACAGAAUCAAACUGCUGUCUUUCACUGGAAGUACACAAGUUGGUCAUCAGGUUGGAUUGGAAGUUCAAAAGAGAUUUGGAAAGCAUCUGCUUGAGUUAGGAGGUAAUAAUGCUAUACUAGUGGCGGAAGAUGCGGAUUUGAAUAUGGUAGUUCAGGCUUCUUUGUUUGCUUGCAUCGGAACAGCUGGUCAAAGGUGCACGACUACAAGGAGAUUGAUUCUUCACGAAAAAAUAUAUGAUGAGGUUUUACAGAGGCUCAAGAAAGCUUAUUCCCAAGUUAUUAACAGAAUUGGAGAUGCCUUGGAAGAAAAUACUCUAGUAGGGCCCCUACACAAUGAACAAUCUUUACAAAAAUUUAGAAAUACAAUAUGUGAAAUACAAAACGAAGGUGGAACAAUUGAAUUUGGAGGAAAGGUACUAGACAGACCAGGAUUCUUUGUGGAACCCACGAUAGUGACUGGUUUAAAACAUAAUAAUAAAUUGGUGCAUACUGAAUGCUUCGCACCCAUAGUUUACGUACUCAAAACCAAGGAUAUCCAAGAAGCUAUAGCAUGGAAUAAUGAAGUUUCGCAAGGUUUAUCAUCGAGUUUGUUUACUCAGAAUAUAGGAAAUAUUUUUGAGUGGAUCGGGCCUAAAGGGUCGGACUGUGGCAUAGUGAACGUCAAUAUACCUACUUCUGGAGCAGAGAUAGGUGGUGCAUUCGGAGGUGAGAAAGCUACAGGUGGUGGCAGAGAAUCUGGUAGUGAUGCUUGGAAACAGUACAUGAGGAGGGCAACUAUUACCAUAAAUCACUCCAAACAGUUGCCCUUGGCGCAAGGGAUCAAAUUUGAAUAAUUGAGGAAUCUCUUGAAUGUAUUUAAUAACAAUAAAAAGUUUAAUGGAUA